AUGUCAAACUUGGCAAAGCUCGAAUUCGUUGCACUUGACAUCUCUGGAAAGAACUACCUUUCAUGGAUCAAUGAUGCUGAGGUUCAUCUUGAGGCUAUGAACCUAAGGGAAACCAUUAAGGAUCUAUUGGCCAUUUGGGGAAAUCUCAAGGAAAGAUAUGACCAUCAGAGGAUGGUUAUUCUUCCUAAGGCUCGUCAUGACUGGAUGCACUUGCGUCUACAAGAUUUCAAAUCAGUGGCUGACUAUAAUUAUGCUAUAUUCAGAAUUAGCUCCAAGUUACAACUUUGUGAAGAGAAUAUAACUGAUGCAAACCUAUUGGAGAAAACUUUCACCACAUUUCGUGCCUCCAAUGUGAACCAUCAGUCCCGUCCAACUGGAUCUGCACCACUCCAUGAAGUGAAUGCUGCCUUGGCACCAUCUCAUGAGGCAUAUGCUACCUCAUCACAUGGCGACCGUCGUCGAGGACGUGGUCGUGGUAGGGGUACCUGUAAUGGUCAAGACCAAAAUAGUAAUAGCCACCGCUUGGGUCCAAGAAAUACCAAAGCAUCCCAUAACCACCAGAAGUGGAACAAACAAGACAAGGCAAAUGGCUCCCAACCUUUAGCUAACAGGGUGAUUGAGGAAGCAUGCCAUAGGUGUGGUACAAAUGGGCAUUGGGCACGUGUAUGCAUCACAUCAAAAUAUUUGGUUGAUCUUUACCAAGCCUCAAUCAAGGACAAAUGA